UUUUUGUUGCCUCCCUGUAUCUAUAUAUUCCCCCCACCUCUCACUCCCUCCUUUCCACUCCAACCCCCAUAAUCUUUCACCUGCAAUAAUAUUAUCCCCUCAACAUAUUCUCUCUUCUUUUUUCUCAACAGAUCCAAAAAAAAAAACUAUGGGGUCGUCACCAGAUCAUAUAGCAGAUGAAGGCUUAGCUUUAGAUGUUAUUCGACAACAUCUCCUUCUCGAUGACUUCUCCUUCAUGGAAAACUACGUCUUCCCAAGCUCAUCGAUAGAUCAAUCCACCACGACUUCUUCCGACAACACUUCGCUCGUUUCCGAUCUUACUUUCAACAACAACGUUGCUGUGGAUAGCUACGUGGCAGGUUCUCAUGAUGCCACGUUGAAUCAGUUUAGUUUUCAGCAUCAUAGUGCGAUGAAGCGGACUAAUAGUAGUAGCUUUAGUGAACGCAAGCCUGCGUUGAAUAUAGCGGUCCCGCCGGCGAGUAAAGUAGGGUUCCAGCCGGCGGCGAAGUUGAGUGACCGGAGAGUGGCGGAUUCCGGCGAGAAACGACACUAUAGAGGCGUGAGGCAACGGCCGUGGGGCAAAUUCGCGGCGGAGAUCCGCGACCCGAAUAGAAAAGGAUCUAGGGUUUGGCUUGGCACCUUUGACACGGCAAUCGACGCCGCCAAAGCCUACGAUAGGGCGGCUUUCAGGUUACGUGGAAGCAAAGCUAUCCUGAACUUCCCGCACGAGAUCGCUCAGUCGCCGGAAACCUCACCGCCGGUGUCGAACAUCGGCCGGAAGAGAGUGAAAGAGAAUAAAGCGGAGCAGGAGAGAGAAAUCAAGAGAGAGAAAGUCAGUGAAGACAGCAAUUGUGAGGUCGUGGCUGCCGGAGCUUGUCCGUUGACGCCGUCAAUGUGGACGGAGGUUUGGGAAGGCGGCGAAGAGAAGGGGGGUAUAUUUGAGAUACCACCUUUGUCGCCCUUAUCGCCUUAUCUGAACUUCACGCAGUUAAAUGCAGGUGACGUGAAGAAGCAACAGGUGGCCCAACAGUAGUUGACUUUUGUGGUUAAACAAAGCAGAUAAAUCUGGGAGUGUACAGAGUGUCUCUGUUUGUAUAGUUAUUUAAUUGUUCUUUCAGUUCAGUGUACCCAUCAUAUUUGAGCCAAGGAGAUAUCAAAACAGGUUUUUAAGCA